AUGUGGAACCCAAGAGAUGAUCCGCAGGGGCGGCGCAACUCUCCCAUCUUCAAAAUGAUGAACCCGGAGCUCCAUAUGAAGCCAAACAUGAUGGUUGCUGCCGUCGGCACCACUUUAUUCGUGGUCAUCAUGGGGUCCCUCCUGUGGGAAAAGCACAAGUACGAGCAGCAGCAGGCAAAGCUCCGGCAGUCGGCGGUCGAACGGGUUAUCAAAGAAGAGUAG